AUUCUGAGUAUUACAUGUGAUAACAUGUCUAACAACAAUGUUAUGAUCAAGGAUCUUGCCAUAUUGGUGCCUGAGUUUGCAGGGAGUGCAAGUCAUACACAGUGUUUUCUGCACACUGUCAAUCUUGUAGCAAAGUCCCUCAUUCAUGAUUUUGAUGUGGCAAAGAAAGAAGCCAAUAAAGCCUUGUAUGGAAAGGAGGUUGCAAAUGAAAUUGAUGAGCUGAGGACAAAUGAUGAGAAUGAAGAAGAUGUAAUCAUUUCUCAAGACUUGGACAAUGAAUUGAUAGACAAUGAUGAAGGCUGGGUGGAUGAUGUUGAAUUGUUGCCAGCAGAUGAGCACAACAAACUACAAAAAAAAAUAUGA